AUGUCCUUGCCCGACCACUGGCUCUCUUCACUUCUAGACAUCGUACCGUUCGCUUCCCCUACUCGACCUCGGGUGGAAGUCCACAAACAUUUUUUCUACGGCGAGGCCGCCUACACGACGCUGGACCUUUGGAUGUGGUGGCUCGAUACCGGGCACGUGGGCGUGGCGUGGCGCACCGCGGAGGUCAUUUUCACAGCGCGCUGGUGCAACCCGCUGUGGGACAUCACGUCCGACAUCACGGCCGAACACCUGAAGAUCGUUGCGAUGCUCCACUCCGCGGUCCAGGCGACGAUCGUUCAGCCUACCUUGCCCCUACGGCGGGCUGAUCUGGCCGAGGCGCCAGCCCUGGUGCCCCCGAGCUGGGCGUGGAGAGCCUGGCGCUGGAGCCAGAAGGCGGUCGCUUGGGCAUGGCCGCGAGCGGGCAGUGGGCUUACCUUGGCUGGGGCGGCGCGCUCGCCGCCGACGUUAGCCGACAACGUUUGCGCCGCCACCUCCCCAGAUCAGGAGUGCAGGGCCGAGGGCGGCAACACCUCCAUCGACACAGCUAUUUAG